UCUACGCGAGGGGCGGGGGGGCGGGAGGGGCGGGGCCUGCCGUCCUGGUGACGUCAGCCCGCCGGGUCCUCGGCGCUGCCCCCUAGGGGCGGGCUGCGGUCAAACCUCCCGCCAGUCCGCGGCCGCGCGCUGAUUGGCUCCCGGGCGCCGGCGCCGGCUCCCGAUUGGCCAGCGCGCCGGGGAUAAAGACGGGCGGCGCGGGAACCAGCUCCAGGCAGCUGGGCGGUGACACCUGAGGGUCCCUGAGUGGCGAGCUUCCUAGGGGCGCCAUGAGCUGCAUCAACCUGCCCACCGUGCUGCCCGGCUCCCCCAGCAAGACCCGGGGGCAGAUCCAGGUGAUUCUAGGACCCAUGUUCUCGGGAAAAAGUACUGAGCUGAUGAGACGGGUCCGUCGCUUCCAGAUCGCCCAGUACAAGUGCUUGGUCAUCAAGUACGCCAAAGACACUCGCUAUAGCAGCAGCUUCUCCACGCACGACCGAAACACCAUGGAGGCACUGCCAGCCUGCCUGCUCCGGGAUGUGGCCCAGGAGGCCCUAGGCGUGGCUGUCAUAGGCAUCGACGAAGGGCAGUUUUUCCCAGACAUCGUGGAGUUCAGCGAGACUAUGGCCAACGCCGGGAAGACCGUGAUUGUGGCUGCACUGGAUGGGACCUUCCAGAGGAAGGCCUUCGGGACCAUCCUGAACCUGGUGCCCCUGGCGGAGAGUGUUGUGAAGCUGACGGCGGUGUGCAUGGAGUGCUUCCGCGAAGCCGCCUAUACCAAGAGGCUGGGCGCAGAGAAGGAGGUCGAGGUGAUCGGGGGCGCAGACAAAUACCACUCGGUGUGCCGCCUGUGCUACUUCAAGAAGGCCUCGGGUCUGCCCGCCGGGCCGGACGGCAAGGAGAAUAAGGAGAACUGCCCGCUGCUGGGGAAGCCAGGAGAGGCCUCGGGGGCCCGCAAGCUGUUUGCUCCGCACCAGAUCCUGCAGUGCAGCUCGGCCAACUGAGGUGUGGGCGCCUGGGGAGCGCCGGCUCCCUUCCCGCUGCCGCCCCCUGGCGGAUGCUUGCAGGACUGCCCCCGCCCUCGUGCGGCGCAGCCUUUCCAGAGGAGGAAGUGGAGGGGGGUGGGGUGCGGGGACGGAACGUUCGGCGGCGGCGGUGCGCUUUCCCCGGGCUGGUGGUCUGCACGUUCCGUUUCCCCUUUCCUGCCCGCCGGCGCUUUCUUGGUUCCCUUCCCCGCUGCGGAUCCACUCCUGAGCUCAGGGUCUGGCCACCCACCGCGGACACCCGCCCCCUCCUCCCGUGGGGUGAGGGGCCGAGCCACACACUGGCGACACUACCGCUGGCCGCUUCUUCCCCCUUGUGGCUUUCACUGUUGAGUUUCUGUUCUUGCUGGGAAGUCCGUUCCCCAGUUGCUCUGGCUCAGCACAGUGUCAUCCCACGCAAAAAUUUCUGUUGGCCUGGAAAGGGCUCCUGGUCCCUCGGGGUGGCUGGACUUGUGCCUUCUGGCUUCCCUUUGGGCUAAAAGCUCUUCCCUCUCUCUGGUGGUCAUUUUCUCCAGAAUUACAGCUUCUCUCACAUGGGGGACACUUACCCUAGUGGGGCCCAGAUCGCAGGGGCUUAUCUUUUAAAGGGGGGGGGGGUAGGGUGGGUAGGGGCAGAGGUAGCUGGGGACAGGAUCUCUGAUUCUGUUGUGUGUGAAAUUAAUAACUAAUAUUAAAAUUUACUGGUUGGUGGGA